UCAAGCUGCUGCCGGGCCGUCGGGAUCUCCUGGUCGCCCACGACACCUGGACCUCCUACCAGUCCAUGCUGCGCAUCAUCAAGAAGUACACGCUGCCCUUCCGCACCUCGGCCGGCGGCAACUCUCAGAUCCCCGGGAGCAUCCAGGUGUUUUCCUCCUACCCCGGCACCAUCUUUUCCGGGGAUGACUUCUACAUCCUCAGCAGCGGGUUGGUAGCGCUGGAAACCACCAUCGGGAACAACAACCCGGCACGGUGGAAGUACCUGGACCCACGGGGCAGCGUCCUGGAGUGGCUGAGGAACAUUGUGGCCAACCGCCUGGCCCGCAGCGGUCCCGAGUGGGCCGCCGUCUUCCGACAGUUCAACAGCGGCACGUACAACAACCAGUGGAUGGUGGUGGACUAUAAUGCCUUCACGCCGGGGAGAGCGAGCCCGCCGCAGGGUGUGCUGACCGUGCUGGAGCAGAUCCCGUGACUGGUGAUGGCA